AUGAACAUGCGACGAGAUCUACAAGAACGCCCCGAGAUUCUCGGUCGGACUAACUGGAAAUCAUGGAAGAAUGAAAUCGAGAAACGCGCCCGAAAAGAAGGAGUCUGGAAGUACUGCAACCCCGACGACCCAGGUGAGUACUAUCCAGAGCUCCACCAACCCGGGAAACCACACGUUUCCACAGUCCGACCCGAAGCAACAUCCCUCGUUGACCUUGGAGAGGAUGACUUCAUCGAACUAUCCUCGAUCGUCGACCAAUACUGGAAGCAGAUGCGCGCAUAUGAGGACAUUCAAACAAAGCUCCAGAUGGCGGUUCUAUCUGCUAAAUUCAAGAAAUCUCGCUUAGAAGAUCUGCAACCAAGAUGGGAAGGUGUACAAGAACUUGCUAAUAAGGCGGAUGUGCAAAAGCUAUUUAAGGCAUGGAAUGCUCUGUUCACAGAUUGCAAUGGGUAUCUUUCGGGUUCCGCUCGAAGCCAGGACGCCGAGACAGCGGGAGAUCUCCCGGAGAACUGGCUACCUCUCACUUCCCAGCACUGGAUUGAAACCCCCGACGAUGUUGGAUCGAGGAGCUAUGGGGACGAUUGUGCUCAGCCUCGUUCACCAACUGAACAGGAGUCUGUCAAUUCCCUAGACUGGAUUGAAACCCCUGACGAUCCCGGGUCAAGGAACUAUAGGGAUGACUGCGCCCAACUCCGUUCACGGGCUAGACGGGGGUCUAUCGCUUCUCGGUACCGUACUGGCUACCACGAUCCUGCGGUGUCGACUAUGCGCACGUCUCUGAGCCCUCAACCCGGUUCUGUAGCAGGUCAGAGCGAGGAGACGCCUGGGGAUAAUUCGGAGAUAAUGGGUCUUUCACAACGAUCGAUAUUCCCCCCGGCAAAAGAAGCAAAACCUAAUUGCAAUCAUUUGGAUGAAUGGUAG